AUGACCUCAAAACUUUCUCAAAUGAUGAAGUUCAGGGACAAUUCAGAUGAUGAUAUCCGUUACGACCCUUUGAGUGACGAGAAAUCCCUUCUUGAGAGUUCCCAUGGAGAACCAGUGUACAGCAAGCAAGGAUGGAGAAGUCGAACAUCCAUCACAUAUGUGUUGACCUUAGCUUUGUUGCUCAUCUCGGUCGUGCUCAAUGUGGUGGUUUGGCUGCAGCUCUCAAAGCUGCAUGAAAUUUCCCACGCUCAUGACGGAACUGAAUAUGGUUCACCAGUUGUGAGGGAUAUUGGACUUCAAUAUCACAAACAACCCAUCAACGGAUCUUUUGAGAAACAGACCAUAUACCGUCAGAAGCCUAGCAAAGAAGUCGAUGACGCGUGGCUAGCACUUGGAGUGAGCGCUGAUUCCAUUGUAAUUCCUGUCGAUGAAGCGGCGCAAUUCGGCAUCAGAGAGGGGCAAGUUAAACGGGUAAUUGAAGACGGAGGAGGGUAUAUGGCGGAUGUCAUGGUUUUUCACAACCUUCACUGCUUGAACUUGAUCAGACAGACCUCGCGCUGGAAUUGGGACCAUUAUUCCGCGCUGAUCGGCACUCCCGAGGCGUUUGGUACCGCAUUUGAGGGUUUCGAUGGCGAGAUCCAGCUUGAGAAGCACUUCACUCACUGCGUAGAUAUGCUUCGCCAGGAAAUCAUGUGCGACGCCGAUACUAACGUUUAUGGACAAUGGUAUGUCAAAAAUCAUGGACCCUCCAAGGAUUUCAGCAUCAACCGGCAAUGUAAGGACUUUGAUGCCAUUCUUAAAUGGUACCAGGGCAACCAUAUAGAUAUGGAUAACACGUAUGUGAGGCACACGCCGGGAGACCCUGUUCUCGAUGAAGAGCCAUAGAUAGUUGUAAACGAUUUCAUAAAACAACUUGGGUCAGUCAGAGUGUCCGACUGGGUGACAGAUUUUGGGAAAUGGGUGUCCAGAACUUCAAUGUUAAAUAAAGUCACCCGAAACUCGCUGGGAAUUUGAACGCAUAAACAGAAGCAAUACAGCUACAGUGGGAGAAGUGGGAGUAGCGGAGUUAAUAGAAGCC